CGCAAUCCGCCCAUCAUGGCUGAAAAACUGCAAGAUCUGGCUGGACGCUUAAAGGGCGCGGCGGCUGGGGGUGGCGGAGGCGGGGCCGGACCCCGAGGCUUGGGUUUGGGCCUGAAGUUGUUGGUGGGGGCGGUGGCGGGCGCGUACGGCCUCCAGCAAUCCAUGUACACCGUGGAUGGUGGUCACCGCGCCAUCAUUUUCAGCCGUUUGGGCGGUGUGCAAGACAACAUCUACACGGAGGGCUUGCACUUCCGCGUGCCCUGGUUCCAGUACCCCAUCAUCUACGAUAUCCGCUCGCGUCCCAGGAAGAUCUCCUCGCCCACGGGAUCCAAAGAUCUCCAGAUGGUCAACAUCAGUCUGCGCGUCCUCUCCCGUCCCGAUAUGAUCCAAAUCCCGACCAUGCACCGCGAACUGGGACUCGACUUUGACGACAAGGUCUUGCCCUCCAUUUGCAACGAGGUCCUCAAGGGCGUGGUGGCCAAGUUCAACGCCUCCCAGUUGAUCACUCAACGUCAACAAGUGUCCAUGCUGAUCCGGAAGCAAUUGGUGGAUCGCGCCCGCGACUUCAACAUCAUCCUGGACGACGUGGCCAUUACGGAGCUGAGCUUUGGUCGGGAGUACGCCGCCGCUGUCGAGUCCAAACAGGUGGCUCAACAAGAGGCCCAGAGAGCGGCUUUCAUCGUGGAUCGGGCCAUCCAGGAGAAGCAACAGAAGAUCGUGCAAGCUGAGGGAGAAGCUCAAGCCGCUGAAAUGUUGGGUGAGGCCAUUUCUCGCAACCCUGGUUAUCUGAAACUCAGAAAACUCCGAGCUUCGGCGCAGAUCGCUAAAACGAUUUCGCAAUCCCAGAAUCGCGUGUACUUGAAUGCCGGCACUUUGAUGUUGAAUAUCAACGAGGACGACUACGACAAGGGGAUCAAGGGAUUGAGCAACAAGCGUUGAUGUCACGGCCGAUCAACGAUUUGUAUGCUACUCUUUUUUUUUUCUCUCCCACGUGGUUAAAACACAUUCGCUAGAUUUCCGUUUCGCACACUUUUUGCUUGCGAUGGAAGGUUCAGUCGUUUCAAAAUUGGAAUCGCAGUGGGCGUGGUGGUUGGAUCUCUUCCUUGCAUAUACAUCCAGAUAGGUUCAAGCCACACCUACACGAAAGGGUUCACCGAAACAGAAUAAAGAAACACUAAAUCUUA